CCCACCCCACCACCCCUCCAGCCCAGCCGCCCCUCUCCCUCAGAGGCUGUUGACAACGAGGGGGGCUCAGUUUGACCCGGACUUCCGCAGGAUCCGUGUGUGUGUUUUUUUUUUUUUUUUCAAAAAAAAAAACAAAACACAAUAAUAGCUCUGGAUGCGCUUCUGUCUGAGCUGUCCGAGGCAGACAGGGGGGCCCUGACCGUAAGAGACGGAACCGCUCCGGACUCCGGCGUACCAGUGUGUGUUUGUACCUACUGAUAGAAACUGAUAGACGGAGUCCCCAGAUUUUUUUUUUUUUUUUUUUUUUUUUUUGCGGCCUGAGCGUCGAACCAGUCCGACUUGUUGGUGCCAUGGAGCUCUCAUCGGCCUGGUCCUGAACGGCAACACCGGCCUAAAGCGGACCCACUCCUGCUGCAACUCGCGCCGACGCGCGCGCACCUCGGCCGCUCCACGCCUCGGCAGCAGCAGCGCGCGGAGCGCCGCAGUCGUCAUGGAGGCCAUCUGGCUCUACCAGUUCCGCCUCAUCGUCAUCGGGGACUCCACGGUGGGCAAGUCGUGUCUCAUCCGGCGGUUCACGGAGGGUCGCUUCGCCCAGGUGUCCGACCCCACCGUGGGCGUGGACUUCUUCUCCCGCCUGGUGGAGAUCGAGCCCGGGAAGCGGAUCAAGCUGCAGAUCUGGGACACCGCGGGGCAGGAGCGCUUCAGGUCCAUCACCAGAGCUUAUUACCGUAACUCUGUGGGCGGGCUCCUCCUCUUCGACAUCACCAACCGCCGCUCCUUCCAGAACGUCCACGACUGGCUGGAGGAGGCGCGCAGCCACGUCCAGCCGCACAGCAUCGUCUUCCUGCUGGUGGGCCACAAGUGCGACCUUGAGGCGCAGCGCCAGGUGACCCGGCAAGAAGCGGAGAAGCUGGCCGGGGCGUACGGCAUGCGCUACAUCGAGACGUCGGCGCGCGACGCCAUCAACGUGGAGCACGCCUUCACCGAGCUCACCAGGGAGAUCUUCGCCUUGGUGCGGUCCGGCGACAUCACCAUCCAGGAGGGCUGGGAGGGCGUGAAGAGCGGCUUCGUGCCCAACGUGGUUCACUCGUCGGAGGAGGUGACCAAGAGCGACCGCCGCUGCCUCUGUUGAGGUUUUUGAAAAGGGAGUGGACGCCGAUGACGGACUGAACUGUCGGCCGUCCAGACGGAGGAACUGUACUUCCUUAAGACUGAAUGCGGAUUUGGACGGGUGGGGUUAACUCGGCGAACUCAGCUCUCGGUGUCGACGAACAUCGUAACAAGUGGAGGACUUCGAGGGAUGGAUCCAUCUCUGUACAUGUUUUUCGUUCUCGGAGGGGGCAAGGGUCAGAGUUGUUUGGACUGGACUGCUUUCCCAGAACCUCUCGCAAAAGGCCUUAGAAACCGGAUCUGUUCAGAUGACUUUAUCGUUUUGAUUUCUGCCAUUACCUCCUUUCCAUCAAACACCUCUCAAUAUGCAAUUUUAUGAUCACAUAACAAGAGAUCUCAUCUUUCUUUACUCGUUUCGUCUAAAGCACCAUAUAGCGUCGUUUGGUCAUGUCCUCGGCAUUAAAGCUGUUUCUCCUUCGCCCACAUGCUGUUUCACAUUCCAGAAAUCGAUAGAGGAGUCCUGGAGGUCUUAGAAAAAACUCUGACCUAUCGCUCUACUACCUUACAAAAGUAUUUAUAUCACUGACACUUCUUUGUUUUUUCUUAUUUUCAACCUUACCACUACUAAUUGAAAUUUAAUUGGGAGUUUUUGUUUUGGGACAAACAUGAAGUGGAAGUAAAUGGUACAGUUUUCAUAGGGGCUCUGCACAUCCUUUAAAGUCUUAAAUUCAUGUAUCUAAAUAUCUUAAAAGUCAUUAAAAAUGUAAGUUGGCCUCAAUCAAUCGAGGCAAGACUAUUUGAUCUGGCAUACACUAUCUAGUUUGAGUCACAGACAUCUUCGUGGUAGCGGUUGAAGCUAUCACUAAUUAGCUGCUAAUGUAGCCCUGCUAGCUCGCUAGGUUUUUUCGUCUUUCAUGGGUGAGUGGAAAUUAAUUGCCAGUUUUCUGGAUAAUGUUCGUCUUCGCCUCUGGCUCACUUCUGUUGCUAACCAAAAAAAAAAAACCCUUGGCCUUACUUCUAUAUAAAAUAUGCGAUGUUCUCGUCUAAACUUCUGUCUUAAAUUUUAUUCAUAUUAUCCCUGGUUGGGUCUUAAAAAGUCUUACAUUUGAGUUGCUGAAACAUUCAGAAACCCUGUUUCAAAUCUGAUUUGCAUUCAACCCUUUCCUCUCUGCUAUCCCUGAAUAUUAUCUACCUAAACUGGCUGGGCUUGUGAGAAAAGUGCUAAUCCAAAACACCCAAGAGGCUUAUUCUGUCUUUGGAGGAGCAGCAGAGAUCCUCAACUCAGGUGGGACCUUGUGUUAACAGGUCAGACAAGUAUCAGUAGUGCACUCCGCAAAGCUUUGUUAAGACACUCAUAGGUAGUUUAAAGUUCGCCACAAGCCAUGGAGGGAAUACAACAAACGUGCGGAACAAACGUGUCAAAAGCUGCUAUAGACAUAGGCCCAGUCAAAGCCCAGACCUAAAUAAAAAAAAUAAAUCAGUGACAAAAUUUUAAAGAUUGACGAUUCAAGACUUUCUCCAUCCAAUCUUUCGGAACUUGAACUAUUUUGCAAAGAAGAAUGGACCAUUUCAAUUGCAAAUGUCCAACGCUGGCAGAGACAUGCUGCAGGAACAAAAGGUGGUUUUAUAAAUCAGGAAGUUGCUAAUGAGAAGAUUAGGAAAGAGGGCAACCAAACUCCUCUUUCCACCAAGCCACAGUUGCUCACAAGGUGUCCUCUUGGGUACUACAUUGUCUUGGUCCGUCACAUAAAACACACAAUCUUUUUGGAGAAAAGACAUAGUGGGCAAUAAAAUACUUUUGCAAGGUAUGAGACCUCCAGCGAACUCGAUGACAUUGACCUGGUCACAUUAGCCGUCUGUGUAAAAGUCAUGCAAUAACACGACACCUCCCAGUUGUUCGCAAAGGACUCUAACUGCACGAAGACAAGUGCACUCGAGGAGGUGGAGCUGUGGACACGUCAAACUGCUUCAUCGGACACACCGGGUGGAUUUGUUGAACUCUCUGUUUGGAGCAGGAAAGCACCUUAAUAGUCGAGUCCGUCUACACAGGGAAAGCCUUAUUUGGUAUACUUCAGUUCCCCGAGGCCAAACCGGCAGAGACGGACUGAUCACAUUAACGGACACUCGACGAAUGGACUCCAUGGCAUCACUACGUAACCAACAAUGCACGCUAAAAAAGAGGGGGAAAUUUUUAUUAUUAUUUUUUUAAUCGCCGCAAAGAAAUCCGACCAGCCCGACGCGGUUCACGAGAUUCAGUUCUGUUCAGUACAAGUUGCUUUAAUCUGUGGAAAUGCAGUGUCGUAUGUGACUUUUAUCACCGCUUCAGUUGAAACCCUGCAUUUUUACCUCGCCGCCAUGUUGGCGAGGUAAAAAUGAAACGCUCCCAAGACUUAAACUGCUUUAAAUUUGGUUUCUCAAGACACAGAUUUCAAAGCACCUUAUCUUUACCUAAAUUUGAUGAUUACAUUUCAAGAUGCGUUCCAACCCCUGACAUGAAAAUUAAAGAAAUAAUGCUUAUAUAUUG